GGCCGGUGUGCUGCUGUAAGGACUGGCCAUAUCAUUGCAACGGUUCCUGUGCGUUUUAGAAAGAGCAAAGUUAUUCCUAGUGGACACGCUGAGCGGUAGGAUUUGAGUUGCUAUGGGUGAUACAGUCUUAGUGAUUGGCAGUGGUGGACGAGAACAUACCUUAGCCUGGAAACUCGCACAGUCUGAUCUUGUUAAAAAAGUUUUGGUGGCUCCAGGAAAUGCUGGCACUAAAAACAAAGGGAAAAUUGACAAUGCAGACAUAUCUGCUGGUGACCAUGAUAAACUAAUAAAAUGGUGUAAAGAGAAUGUCAUAUCUAUGGUGGUGAUAGGGCCAGAGAAUCCAUUGGCAGAUGGCAUUGCUGAUGCUUUAUCAGCAGCCAGCAUUCCUUGUUUUGGUCCCUCCGCCAAUGGAGCCGAGAUUGAAGCCAGUAAGAACUUUGCCAAAGCAUUUAUGGAUCGACAUAUGAUACCAACGGCUAAGUGGAAGUCAUUUACCUCUGCUGAAGAUGCCUGUCAACAUAUAAACACUGCACCUUAUAAGGCAUUGGUUGUGAAAGCCAGUGGACUAGCUGCCGGUAAAGGUGUCAUUGUCGCUAAUACUACAGAGGAAGCGUGCCAAGCAGUGCGAGAAAUGAUGACAGAUAAAUUAUUUGGCGCUGCUGGGGAGACUGUGGUGGUUGAAGAGCUGCUGGAAGGAGAGGAAGUUUCUGUGCUUGCAUUCAGUGAUGGCUCGACGUUUGCGCCAAUGCCACCAGCGCAAGAUCAUAAACGGUUAUUAGAAGGCGAUAAAGGUCCAAACACUGGAGGAAUGGGUGCGUACUGUCCAUGUCCACAGGUGAGUGUGGACACUCUGCAGUCUAUCCACAGCAGAGUGUUGUCAAAAACAAUCCAAGGUAUGAAGGAAGAGGGCAGACCCUAUACAGGUGUUAUCUAUGCUGGUUUAAUGUUGACAUCUGAUGGUCCCAAAGUAUUAGAAUUCAACUGUCGAUUUGGUGAUCCUGAAUGUCAAGUGAUUCUGCCACUUUUGAAGAGUGAUCUCUAUGUUACCAUGACUGCUUGUGUGAAAGGGACGCUAUCGGAUUCGAUGCCAGUGUGGCAUGCUGACCAGUAUGCUGUGGGUGUGGUCCUUGCAAGCGGAGGAUAUCCGGCGUCAUAUAAAAAAGGAAUGGAGAUUACAGGACUGGAAUCUAUUGAGGCUGAAAUGGGACAGUUAAUAUUCCAUGCUGGCACUGCUAUUAAAGAUGGUAAAACUGUCACCUCUGGUGGUCGUGUCCUUGCUAAUGUUGCCAUGGCAACUGAUCUACCUACUGCCGCUACCAAGGCCCUAGAGGGCGCCGCUGCCGUUAAGUUUACAGACGCUAUUUACAGGAAAGAUAUAGCACAGAAAGGCUGUGACUUUGUCAGGAAACAAAGAGAUCCUAAAAAAGGUUUAAGUUACAGUGGUUGUGGGGUAAGCAUAGAUGCUGGCAAUCUAUUGGUUGAUAAGAUUAAAUCUAUGGUGAAAUCAACAUCAAGGUCAGGAUGUGAUGCAGUGAUUGGUGGAUUUGGUGGUGUGUUUGAUUUAAAAGCAGCUGGCUAUCAAGACCCAUUGUUAGUUUCUGGCACCGAUGGGGUCGGCACCAAGCUGAAGGUUGCCCAGGCGUGUGGUAGACACCAGACGAUUGGCAUUGACUUAGUAGCAAUGUGCGUCAAUGACAUCCUGGCACACGGUGCAGAAUCUCUCUUCUUCCUCGAUUACUUCGCAUGCGGAAAGCUUCAAGUUAACGUUGCAAGAGAUGUGGUUUGUGGCGUGGCAGAAGGCUGUAAACUUGCUGGAUGUGCACUUCUUGGUGGUGAGACUGCUGAGAUGCCUGGCAUGUACGCAGAAGGUGACUACGACUUAGCUGGUUUCGCUGUCGGUGCUGUAGACAGGAAACACACUCUGCCGCAAAUGGAGAAAAUCUCCUCCGGUGAUGUGAUCUUGGGAGUUGCAUCAUCUGGUGUCCAUAGCAACGGUUAUAGUUUAGUGCGUAAGGUGGUGGAACAGAGUGGUUAUCUUUACAGUAGCCCAAGUCCUUUUUCUCCAGAUAAGUCAUUAGGUGAAGAUUUAUUAACGCCGACGAAGAUUUACAGCAAGACGUUAUUACCAGCAAUCCAAAGUGGACAUGUUAAGGCAUAUGCACAUAUAACAGGUGGUGGCUUACUGGAGAACAUUCCACGUGUGUUGCCAGGCAACAAUGGUGCGAUGUUGGAUGCAUCACGGUGGGACAUACCGUCCGUGUUUGGUUGGAUACAGAAUAAAGGCAAUGUGGCUAUAGAGGAAAUGGCAAGGACAUUCAAUUGUGGAAUUGGUGCAGUGUUGGUGGUCAGUCAGGAACGAUGCGAGGAUGUGUUAGAGAUGGUAAAGUCAUCUGGCGAAAAGGUUUCAGUUAUUGGAAAUGUGAUUCCAACGAUAAAAGGUAUAUCGCGAGUUCAAGUUCAAGGCCUUGACAUAGCUCUGUCUGCAGUCACACCUCAAGACAAAGUACAUACAGUAGUUAGUGGACAAGGUGAUCACAAAUCAUGUGUAAAUGGUGGCAAGAAGAUGAAAGUGGCUGUUCUCAUAUCAGGAACAGGAACCAAUCUUCAGGCGUUGAUAGACCACACAAUAGACCCUAAAGUCGGCAGCUGCGCAGAAAUCGCAUUAGUCAUAUCAAACAUUCCAGGAGUAAAAGGAUUAGAGCGAGCUGAGAAAGCUGGAAUCCCAACCAAGGUGAUCCGGCACAAAGAAUUUAAAUCAAGGGUUGAGUUUGACAUGAAAGUUCAUGAGACCCUUGCAUCGGCCGGAAUAGAAUUCAUUUGUUUGGCUGGAUUCAUGAGGAUUCUGAGUGGAGAGUUUGUUCGUAAGUGGCAUGGACGUCUGAUAAAUGUCCAUCCAUCGCUACUACCUUCAUUCAAAGGGAUGAAUGCACAUAAACUUGUGUUAGAGGCUGGGGUACGUGUGACCGGCUGCUCCGUACAUUUUGUUGUGGAGGAGGUGGAUGCUGGUGCUAUAAUCGUGCAGGAAGCAGUACCAGUCUGUCCUGGCGACACCAUAGAAACAUUACAAGAGAGAGUUAAGGGAGCUGAACAUAAAGCCUACCCAAGAGCUCUGGAAUUGAUAGCAAGUAAUGCUCUCAAACUUGGUGAUGAUGGCCGAAUAAUGUGGUUAAACUCAGACAUUUAGUUGUUGAAGAUUCUAUUCAAAAUCAUAAUUUACAUCAGUUUCACAUUAAAAUGUUAAGUUUAUCCAUCAAUGAAUAAAACUGAAUAACAUUUUUCAUCCUUA